AUACCGACAACAUCGUUUCAUAAUUAAAAAAAAAUCAAUCCAUUGGAUGAUGACGAAGGCGGUGGUGGCGUAUACAAGGAACACCGACUAAACCCAACCCACUGUUUGUGAGAGUUGUACUCAGAAAAUCCACCACAAUUUGAACACCAAUAAUCAUGUUAAGAUUACAUCUUCUAAAAUUUUUAACUGUAUUUUCAGCUUAUUUAGUAAUAGGACAGUGUGCUCAGCCAGAGGUUGUCCAUGAAGCUGGCCGAUGUAUAUGGUACGAUCAGUGUGGCAAACAUCCACAAACUGGCAAGGCAGUUAACUGCUUCUACAAUGGUCUAGCCAAGCCAAUGAUGGACCCUGAAGGAUUGGACAUUUUAAAAGAGCUGUGUCCAUGGCUAAUGACUAGUGAGCAUCCACUAACAUGCUGCUCAACCUCCCAGCUGCAGACCUUCCAGGGAAGUCUUCAAGUCCCUCAGCAGACGUUUGCAAGGUGCCCAUCGUGCUACCGCAACUUUGCAAAUCUCUAUUGCAUGAUGACAUGCAGUCCAGACAAUAGUCUUUUCAUAAUCCCCACUGAGGUUAGGAAUUCCUCAGAUUCUGCCAUCAUGGAAAUAAAUGAAGAAAUUUCUAGAGACAUUGAGGUCAACGUGGUCGAGGAGAAAAAAGGAGAUUUGGAAGGUCAAGUACAAGAUAGUGUAUUGUCAAGUGGUUAUCUGGGUACCAAUAUUACCAAUUCUACCACAGCUGUCCUUUCAAUAGACUAUAUUUUAGCACAUGCAUAUGCUGAUGGAUUUUUCAAUUCCUGUUACCAUGUCAACUUUCCAAGCUCCAACCAGAAAGCUCUGUCUCUCUUCUGUGGCCUUUGCGGCGGCUACGAUAAGUGCGAACCAGAUUGUUUCCUCAAUUUCAUGGGGGAUAUAAAUAAUGGACAGACACCAUUUGGCAUUAACUUUACAAUAACUGAUCAUCAUCUAGAGCACAACAUGAAAGCAGCUAAUCACACAGCUCAUAAGUGUAAUGAAAGUGUUGGCAAUGAUUCACAGCCAUGCAGCUGUCAGGAUUGUCCUGCAACCUGCCCUCCAGUACCACCACGUCCAAAGCCUCCAGUUCCUUGUAUGAUUGGUAAAUUAGGUUGCGUACCUUUUGCUAUGAUCAUUGGUUUUAUUGUUUUUGUCAUCCUAUUUUCCUUGGCUUUUGCCUUUGGUCUGAAGUGUGGGUCAGGCAGGAAGAUGUCUGCUUUUAAUAUAAAUGAUCAAAAACCAAAGCAGACUGUCACUGAGAGUGAUAUUGGAUGUCGGGAAUCCUUUGGCCAGAAAGAAGAGCAGGUACUCAACCUGAUCUUCAGGAAGUGGGGAACCAUGUGUGCUGGGCAUCCAUUUUUGGUACUGUUUAUUGGUCUUGUAGUAAUUUGUGCUGCAGGAAUAGGAAUCAGACAAUUCAUUGUAAUCACAGACCCAGUGGAGUUAUGGUCCCCACCAGAGAGCCAGUCAAGACUGGAGAAGAACUACUUUGAUGACAAUUUUGGACCAUUCUAUCGUACAGAACAGUUGAUAAUUACAGCUCCUAAGUUCCCCCCUGAAAUCUACGAUACUUAUCCAUAUGGUGAUAUCAUACCUUUCGGAGGAGUUUUAAGGAAAGAGAUCUUGCAUCAGGUAUUGGAUCUGCAAAAUAACAUCACUAAAAUACAGGUUCCUUACAAUGGUUCUCUUAUUGGCCUUGAUGACAUUUGCUACAAGCCUUUGUCAGAGAACUGUACAAUUAUGAGUGUCCUUAACUACUGGCAGAAUAGUCAUGAAGAGCUUGACAAAGUUGUGAAGGACCAGUCUGGAUUCUGGGUGCUCUCCGAUUACCAUGACCACUUCCUUUCCUGUGUUGUAGCCCCUACUUCACUGAAUGACACUACACAUCUUCAUACUCCUUGCAUGGGUACAUUUGGAGGGCCUGUGUUCCCAUGGCUUGCGGUCGGUGGUUAUGAUGGUACCAAUUACAACAAUGCAACGGCAUUGGUGAUUACAAUGACAGUGAAUAACUACAAGACAGGUGAUCCUCGAUUAGAGAAAGCUCUUGCUUGGGAGCAGGGCUUUCUCAAAUAUAUGAAGCAUUUUACAGAGAGGAACCUUAAUCCAAAUUUGACCAUUGCAUUUUACUCUGAGCGAUCUGUUGAAGACGAAAUCUACCGUGAGAGUAAAAGUGAUAUUCUUACUAUAGCUCUCAGCUACCUACUUAUGUUUGCCUAUGUGACUUUAGCUCUCGGCCAGUACAACAGCGUCGAACGUCUACUCAUUGAUUCUAAGAUUGUGCUGGGUCUGUCUGGCGUUACUUUAGUUUUGUGCUCUGUUGUAGCAGCCAUUGGUUUACUUAGUUAUGCCAAAGUCCCUGCCACCUUGAUUGUCAUUGAAGUUGUGCCGUUCCUCGUCCUUGCUGUUGGUGUAGAUAACAUCUUUAUUCUUGUUCAGGCUUAUCAGAGGGACAGACGUCAACCUUAUGAGUCUCGAGCUCAGCACAUUGGUCGUAUUGUUGGUAACGUCGGCCCUAGCAUGCUGCUCACCAGCUCAUCUGAAUCUAUAGCAUUUUAUCUUGGAGCAUUGUCUGAUAUGCCAGCCGUUAAGGCAUUUUCCCUGUAUGCUGCCACUGCAGUCUUUAUAGACUUCUUGCUGCAGAUUACUUGUUUUAUAGCUGUUUUAGCAUUAGACUCGGCCAGACAAGAGAAUAAUCGAUUUGAUAUGUGUUGCUGUGUUAAAAACAAGCAAGCUGGUCAGGCUCCUAAGGAGCCCGGUCUUUUGUAUCGUGCAGUUUGUGUCUAUUCUAAAUUUCUCAUGAAAGAUGCAGUUAGAUAUUGUGUUAUUGUUAUUUUUGCUGCUCUUGCAUUUUUAUCUGGUGCUGCUCUGAGUAAAAUUGAAAUUGGUUUGGACCAAAAACUUUCCAUGCCUGAGGGCUCGUACGUCAUAGAUUUAUUUAAUAACCAAACAGCCUACAUGACUGCUGGACCUCCCGUGUACUUUGUUAUCCGUGAUGGCUAUGACUACACAGAAGUUCCAAAUCAGAAUAAGAUAUGUGGAGGCUCAGGCUGUAAUUCUGACUCGCUGACAUCACAAAUAUACAAUGCUGCACAGUACCCAAAUGUAACAAUGAUCAGCCAGCCAACGAGUUCCUGGUUGGACGAUUAUUUUGACUGGGUCAGUCCUGGUGGUCAGUAUCCCUGCUGUCGUACCGACCCUGCCGGGGACUUCUGUCCAGCCACAGAUGAUAACAGCAACUGCACCACAUGUAGACCACUAAAUGAAAAAAACCAGCGGCCCGACCCCAAAGAGUUUGUUGAGUUUCUGCCGUUCUUUCUGGAGGACAAUCCAACAGUAAAAUGUAGCAAGGGGGGACAUGCAGCGUAUGGUGCUGCAGUUACAUUUGAUGAUGCUAACAAGACAGAGGUGGGAGCAACUUACUUCAUGACUUACCACUCCAUUCUAAAGACAUCAGCUGAUUAUAUUGCUGCACUCAGACAAGCACGUGAAGUAGCGGAAAACAUAACGACAAUGAUGAACCAUACAAACGCUGACGGCUCAUACUUCGAUGUGUAUCCAUACAGCAUUAUAUAUGUGUAUUAUGAGCAGUACCUGACCAUGGUACAUGACACUAUCAUCAACCUAAGUUUGUGCUUACUCGCUGUUUUUGUUGUAACAUUCCUUCUGCUUGGUUUUGACGCGUACUCUGCUGUCAUCAUUGUCCUGACCAUAGCUCUCAUCACACUUGAUCUGAUCGGUCUUAUGUAUUUCUGGAAUGUGGACUUAAAUGCUGUUUCUCUUGUUAAUCUAGUCAUGUCUGUUGGUAUAUCAGUGGAGUUUUGUUCGCACAUUACGCGAGCCUUUGCUGUGAGUACAGAACCAACACGUGUGCAACGAGCCAUUGCUGCUUUAUCACAAAUGGGAAGCUCUGUACUUAGUGGAAUUACACUGACAAAAUUCCUUGGGAUAGUGGUGUUGGCAUUUUCCAAGUCUCAGAUAUUUCAAGUGUUUUACUUCAGAAUGUACUUCGGCAUAGUGGUAUUUGGUGCUUCACAUGGACUUAUAUUCUUGCCAGUACUUUUGAGUUUUAUAGGACCACCAGUAAACAAAGCUAAACUAUUAGAAGAACAGGAAAGAAAGCCUUUAGUAAAGAAUGGCACUGCAGAUGAACGAUCACCCUUGAUUACACCUCGUGCAGAUGCCCAAAACCACUACUAUGCAUAAACUAUUCCAUGUCCAAAAAGCAAACCUUGUGCAAUAAAGCAAACUGAUGCUACAAAUGUGCACUUUGAUGCUACAGAAUACUACAAAUUGCUACAAGAAUGCACUUGGAUGUUACAGAAUGGACUUUUAUGCUUCAGGGUUAGACUUUGAUACCACACAAUACUAUAUGUAUUGCUAAAUGAAUAAAUUGUGUUUAGAAUGCACAUAUAUGUAACACAUAGUGCUUUGAUGCUACAUCAUGCUACAAAGAUGCACUUUUAUGCAAUAUUAUGGUACGGAAAGUGACAUGCUACAGUAUAAUCUUACACUUUGAUAGAGCAUCAAACUGCAUCAUACAGUACUACAGCACAAGGAUACACUUUGGUGCUACAUGAAGCUACCAUAAAAUAUACUGAAAGCUACAUCAUGCUACAAGAAUGCAAUUCAGUGCUAAAGAAUAUUACAAAUAUGUGUAUUCUACACAUGCAUGAUUGGAAUUCAAAAAAGUUAGUCUGUGCCUUGUACACAUAUAAGUUGAUUGGUAACAUUUUUUAAUUAUUGAUUUUAGUGACAAUUCUCCAUCUAAAUACAAAAAUGAAUUUUAUUUAUAUAAAUCGAAAGAGCAAUGGAGGUUAAACUAAGCAGUCUUUGUUCUGCAACUGUUUUUUGUUUUGUUUUUAGUAGACAGCAAGACUCAAUUAUACAGGGACAGGUCUGGACUGAACUCAUUAGUGCCAAAGCCAGUCUCAUUUUAGUGAACAGGAUAGGAGAAAUUAAUAAUAAACAAAACGAAUGCUAAUAGCAACAAACAUUAAAAUUAUGUCGCCAUUAUAUUUAGUAGUACCACUGUGUGGAUUUGCAUUUGCCUGUAGAUAACAUGACUGCGUAGUAUUUAUUUAAUUUACAAAUGGGUAAUUCAAUUGUUUGUAGUAGUAUGGCCUGGGUUUCCAUAGAACUGUUUUUCAAAAUAUAUCAAUAAUAUUGUUUGGCAUAUAUUGUUAAUUAUGAUUACACUUCUGGUACAUGAUGUAAAAAUAUGGUACUUUGUAAUUUGAAUUUUGAUUGACAUCCCCCUGAAGACUUGAACAAUCCUACCAAACAUUAAAAUGUUGGCUGCCAAUGUUCUACAAAUUGUAGGGCACCAAAAUGCUAGUUGUCCAUACAAUGUCCAUGCAUAGACAUUUUGUAUUGUACUAGUUGAACACAAACUGGUUGCUUGCGUUUCAUUACAGUUGAUAGUGAUAAUGUUAUUACUGUGCUACCUUUAUGUUUCGGAACAUGGGCAACAACCAGCCAUUGCGAUAUUUCUGAGAACCAUAUUUUUACACAUUAUGUAUCAGAAUUUUAAACACAAUGUUUACUUGCAAACCUUCAAAAAGUAUUACAAAUUUUAAGUUAUUGUAUAUUUUGAAGUUUUAACACAUAUCAUUUACUUGAACAACCAGCUCUUGUUGGGAAGUAGUUGGAUAAUAAAUUGCAAACAGUUCCAUGAUUUAUGAAAACAAUUAUAUUUAUUUCACUUGAGAUACCUAUGAAUCAUGCUAUCAUUAGUGUAUUGUUUCAGAUUAGAGUAAACGCACAAGAUAAUUAGCAUAUGCUUUUAGGAUUUCUUCAAAAUUAGAAGCACUUAAGUUCAUUGCUGUAGAUUAUUUAAUAUUAAAUGCACAUUUUACAUACAUUAAUUGAAUGUCUUGAACCAUCUCAAGUUUGACCUUUGUUGAACAUUAAUUUUAAAAAGAGCUUAUCAACGUUAUUUAAUUACAGAAAUCAAUGUUUUCUAAUUGAUUUUUUUUUUCUACAAAUUAAAAAAUAUUUUUAUAUACACAUGUCAACUGUAAAUGAUAGCAUUUUAGUUGCAUACUUUGUGUACAAGUGAUAUAGUAAUGUUCAAAAUGUAUUCUCUAUUUGUACAGUAUAUCGUUGUUCCAACAACCCGUUUGCAUUACUCUUGUGAUAUGUUGAAGUUAGGGAAUGGGAGGGGUUGUUGGGGUAUGUGUUAGAUCAGUAUUUACUUAUGGAGAUAAACCCAUUACCCACAUGAUUUUGUGUACAUAGAAUUUCUAUUAAUACAAGUUUAAAAAAACCAAAUAUAUUGUAAAACCUUCAUACAUGAACAAAAAAUUUAUUGUUAAUUUUAUGUUAAUAAGAAUGUUGUAAAAAUAGAAUGAGAAAUGGAUAUUGUGAUGUGAAUUUGGUUUUAUUAUUUAUUAUAGAAUGUUACUAUAAAGUGUUUGUAACAAAUAUAAAGAUUUUAAAAUUGAAUUGUUAAUAAUGUUGAUCAUUAUGUAGGUUAAUUUUAUAUACGAGGCUUACCAUCCCAAAACCAGUGUACUGUUGCUAAGCAAGUAUAGCAAUGUAGAUGUGUUGUAUACUUGUACUCAUAACUUAGGCAAUACUAAGUCACUUAAAGUAAAUGACCAAACAUCAUUUUAAAGCUUAUAAUGUGGAAAAUAUGAAUAUUUUAUAAAAU